AUGCUCAAGCAGGAACAGAAGGGUCUGGGGAGCCACAAGACAGAAAAGGCCAGUGGAUCGCUCAUUGCUUUGCUUGCUUCGAAGCCAGCCAAGGGCUUGGUGACUCCCUUCGUCAUCCAGUUUUGUCUGCACCUGCAGCAGCUGGAGAACUUCUGCCGCACGGACCAGGCCUGCAUCUGCCAGCUGUGCCGGGCCCAGGAGCACCGCAGCCACGACGUGGUGGCGGUGGAGGAGGAGCGGGAGCAUAAGGAGGCUCAGCGACCCAAAAUCCUGAGCUGCGUGGAGAACCAGCUGGAUGAGCUAGGAGUCACUGUUGCGCAGACCAGAAAGACCGUGGAGCUCAUCAAAAGCACCGCCCUGAAGGAGAAGGAAAAAGUCAGCAGGCUCUUCGACGAAACAUCCAGGGCUCUAGUGAGUUUCCAGAAAGAGGUGACAGGCUUCAUCGAGGAUGGUGAGCGAUCCAUGCUGGCUGAGGCUGAAGAGGAUCUCCGGCAGAAGGAGGAGAGGCGUGCCAAGCUGGCUCAGUGUAGGCAGAACCUGGAGAGGGUCCCAAGCACGGAUACCAUCUACUUCCUCCAGGAGUUCCAGGCAUUAAAAAUAGCCGCUGAGGAAAAGAGUUCCCUGUGUCCAAGCUUCCAGAAGGAGCUGAGCUUCACCAAGUCCAGCCAGGCUGUGUGUGCCGUGAAAGAGCUGCUGGUGACUGCGUGCAAGAACCAGUGGGACCAGUUGCUGGGCAAAGGGUAUGAAGAGCCUGGUUUCCAGGGGAUGCAAGAAGCAGUUGCUGAGCCCCAACCGUUGGACAAGUCAAAUAAUCCAGCCUGCAUGGAGACCCGAGACUAUUUCCUGAAAUUUGCCUUCAUCAUCGAUUUGGACAGUGACACUGCAGACAAGUUCCUCCAGCUGUUUGGAACCAAAGGGGCCAAACGAGUCCUGAACCCCAUCGCUUACCCUGAGAGCCCAAGCAGGUUCAUCAAUUGCGAGCAGGUGCUGGGCGAGAACCUGAUGAACCGGGGCAACUACUACUGGGAGGUAGAAAUCAUCGACGGCUGGGUGAGCAUCGGUGUCAUUGCCGAGGACUUCAACCCGCGGGAGUCCUACGACAGAGGCCGCCUCGGGAGGAAUGAGAAGUCCUGCUGCCUGCAGUGGAAUGGACAGAACUACGUGGCUUGGUAUGGCGGCUUCGAAUCGGUCAUCCAGCAGCCCUUCUUUCACACGAUCGGGGUGUACCUGGAGUAUUCGGAAAAGGCACUCACCUUCUUCGGGGUUAAGGAUGCCAAGAUGACAUGCCUCCAACAGCUCAAGGUCGCCCGCUUCAAAAAAGGCCACUUUGACGCCUUCCAGAAUAAGAUCAACCACCAGUUCCCGUCGCUGUUUACGUAUAACCUCAAACCAGCUUUUUUCCUUGAAAGCGUAGAUGCCCAUAUGCAGAUUGGGCCAUUGAAAAAAGAUUGUGUGUCAGUGCUAAAGCGGAGGUAACUUGCAGAGAAGACCCAGGGGUCUCUCUUUGCACCAGUUCACCAGCAGCAUGGCUUAUACAGCCUUUUCUCUGGAAUAGCCCUGCCACCUUACUCUAGCCCUGUCCUGUUUGUAACCUAGGGGUUAACAAACAGAAAAAUCUCUUAGUGGAGAGAGCCCUGGACUGGGACCCACGAGACUUGGGUUCUCUUUCUGGCUCUGCCAUUGGGUAAGUUAUAGCGCUGCUAUGUGCCUCAGUUUCCCCAUCUGUAAAAUGGCAGUAAUUCUGCUAACCCACUUUGUAAAAUGCUUUGAGAUCUACUGAGGAAAAGCUAUAGAUAAAAGCUAGGUAUUACUUUAAAAAAAACACACCCCAAAAUGGGCAUUUUAUGAUGGCCUAUCCCUGCCAGCCCUCCAUUCCUAGCUAAGGGGAUAUAAUCUUAGUGACCACUCCGACCAUGUGAUCCCAUAGUUACUCUGCUCUGUGCCUUAUUCAACACUGUAAAUGCAGGACGGUCAUUUUGUAUGUGUUAGCCCCCCCACACCUUCAAAAUCUGCUUUCUGAGCAAACACCUUCUAGCCAGUGCUUUAAAAUAGCAAUACGGUGCUCUGCACAGCAGCAGUGCAUGGUUCCCCAACACCGCACUGCUGGCAUGCUAAAGGGAUCACAUCUCAGAGGACUUCAACCCGUACACAUGCUCUUCUUAAAUACACCUCGGCUGUGUCAAGACUGGCAAGUUUUUCCGCAAAAUCAUCUGCUUUUGUGGAAAAACUUGCCAGCUGUCUACACUGGCCGCUCGA